ACCAACAUUUUUCAUUGCUAAAUUUUUUAGUGUUUUUCAGCAUAAACUAAAUACUGACUAACAUAUCGAAAAACCUUUAAAAGCAGCAGCUAUUUGCUAUUGGUUGAGUACUAUCCAGUGUAAGUCAGAUGUUGUGGAUAGAAUAGUGGUGCAAAGUUGUCAUGGAUAUCAUGCAGUAACAGAUAAUAAGAACCGAUUAAUCGUGAUUUGCACUAUAUAGUACUUAAAUAAAAUACAGCAAGUGUAUUGUUAUGGAAAGAAUACCUAAUUUGCAAUGAAUGCACGUCAAGAUUUGGAAGAGAAACUGAAAUAUGGCAUCUAUAAACUAGUUAAAGUUGUUGAUAUCAAAAAUGAAACUCCCACAGAAUCCAUACUACCUGUAUUAGACUGCAUAGCAGAAGAAACUAUUCGUCAAUCAUAUGAACGGGAAAUAAAAAGUGGAAAUUUCCGUGUAAUACACAAACCACAAGUUGGAGGUCCGAUUUGGUCGAUUUUUGCCAGAUUUGCCAAUAAUAAAGGUAAUGUACUCGAUAAAUGGGUGUUUUGCCGUAAAUGUGAACAAGUAUUCAAAUUAAAUGGUUUCUGCUUAACGACAUCCUUGCGUCACAAAUGCUUCUCGGGACUACAAGAAGUUGUGCAGACAAUAAAACAGGAUGGGAUUUAUAUGCCUGGUAAUAAAUUACUUGCGCUGCCAAAAUGGAAAAAAUGGAAGGAUGUCAACGCUGGCUCUUAUAAGAUAAUGCUAAGCAUAGAAAUGGGAACUGUGAGCUGGCAGAUUUUGGAUAUGAUUGCCCGUGAAGAUGGCUUUAUAGUUUCCGAUUAUGUCAGUUGCAGUAAAUGUAAAAAUUUGCUUGACUGCAAUGAUUUAUUGCUUGGAAAUCUAUCUCAGCACUCAUGUUUUUGGCCAUUACAAAGAAGUCUCCUCAGGAAAAGAUCAAGUUUUCGCGAAAGCACAGAGGUUGUACAAAAAGACGUUAAACAAAAAUUGCAAUUAGGUUUUCGUGAAAGCAUAGAGGUUGUACAAAAAGACGUUGAACAAAAAUUGCAAUUAGGUCUGUACUUUUUGGUCGAGAAUGAAGAAACUAACAAUGCCAUUUGGCAAAAGUUUUGUUUCAUUUCACGCCGAGAUAGAUCGAUUUUGACCGAAAUAAUAUGGUGCAAACAAUGUAGUAGAGUAUUAAAAUAUUUAGGUCCCCUUUCUCUAAAACGUCAUAGAUGUCGUGGACAAAAAAGAAAUCCUAAAGUUGCUGAAACAAGAAGUACGAUUAACAACAGUUCUUCAUUUGCCAUGGAUAUGAUACAAAAAGGAGUGGAACGUAAAAUAAAAACGGGUUUUUAUAAAUUGAAGGGUAAUGCAGUGCACUGCACAUCAUUUGCCCAUAUAUCCAAGAGCAAUGGGAUGGUUUUUAGAGGUAUUGUAUGCUGCCGCCAAUGCCUAGUCGUUCUCAAAUUUAUAGACAACAAGACCUCUGUGGAAAAACUAAAAGCACACAAAUGUGAAGAGAGGGCAAUUGUUAAUAGUUGCAUGAGACAAUCAGUUAAAACUGAAUUCGAAACGUCCACAGAUUUUUUCAGUCCUAUUAAAGUGGAAGUUUAUGAAGAUCCUGACCCUCGGCCUAGUUAUGAUGAGGUAAAACUGGAAACAAGCGAAUUUGUCAACGAAUUCGUUUUGGCUGACUUUUAAUCUAAUCAAACGAGCAGCAUGGAGACGAUCUGCACUGAUUUUAAGGAAGAAGCAUCGAUUUGGGGUACUGAAGAUGCCUACGUUUUGUACAUAUGCUGUGAUUUCUAUAACUACAAAUUUUUUUAAGGUAUUUUAACCCAUUACUUUACAAGUUAUAGAAUUUUUAAGAUUUUGUUGUAAGAACUGUAAGAAGAAUAAACAAAUAUUUGUUUUAACAA